AUGGCGCCGGGUGUAAUAGACUACUCUCAGCUGCCGUCGGAUCUGGAUCCGAGCCGGCUGCCACGCCACGUGGCAAUCAUCCUGGAUGGGAACUCACGGUGGGCGACGCGCAAGGGGAUGCCUAAGAUGAUGGGGCACGAUGCGGGGGUAAAGUCGAACAGGGAGAUAGUGCGGCUGUGCGGGGAGUGGGGCAUCCGCGCGCUCACUGUGUUCGCCUUCUCGACGGAGAAUUGGGGUCGGCCCAAGGAGGAGGUUGACUUUCUCAUGGAGUUGCUGGGCACGUUCCUUGAAAGUGAGCUGGAUGAACUGCACAGGCAACGGGUGGUAGUGCGUGUGAUUGGUGAUACAUCACGGCUCAGCCCUGAGCUGCAGGACAAGAUAGAAAGUGCACACGUCCGCACACAGGAUAAUGAUGGGUUGCGCUACAGUAUAGCAACUGCCAAUGCUACUGUUGGGUGGGUUCAGCAGCACACAGCAGCGCGUUUCGAUAAAGCCAACCCCCCCGGCGUGACCUUAUCGACAGUGAAAAGUGGUGUGGAGGAAACGGGGAAAGUGAGGGACAGAGAGGAAGGCGAUGACGUGCUGCUGCCAGCCCGCCAGGCAGAGAGGAAAGAUGCCGUGCCGUUUCGCCCUUCCCUGGAGUUUGCGAACAUGACUCCUCUCUCUACAUCCACGUCCGCCGUUCGCGGCCCGUCGGACUUCCCUCACUUGACUUCAUCGGGCGUGUCGUCGACCGCUGACGGAGCCUUGUCAGAACCCGUUUUGGAGCUGAACGAUGCGCUGCACUCUGUUUUUGCGAGCGGAUUUGUCCGCAGCGCGCGGUCGUCAAAACCCGAAGCUCCUGAAGCGCUACUACCAGCAAUGCCUUACCUUCCCCCGCGCGAUUCCGCUGCUUCCGCCGGUGUACAACCACGCAAUUCCGCUGCAAAGGCGUCUCCCGCCACUACCACCGACUGUUCCCCGUCGACACCCCCAACAAGCAAGAGCGCUUCUGGUCCAAACGAGAUAGACUACUCUCAGCUGCCGUCGGAUCUAGACCCGAGCCGGCUACCACGCCACGUGGCAAUCAUUCUGGAUGGGAACUCGCGAUGGGCGACGCGCAAGGGGAUGCCUAGGAUGAUGGGGCAUCUGGGGGGAGUGGAUUCGCUAAGCGACGCCGUGCGACGAUGCAGCGAUUGGGGCAUUCGCGCGCUCACCGUCUUCGCAUUCUCCACCGAGAAUUGGAACAGGCCCGAGGCGGAGGUGAAUUUUCUGAUGGCUAUGAUGAGCAGGGUGCUGGUUGAGAAGCUGGACGAGCUCCACAGUCAAGGAGCAGUGGUGCGCUUUUUAGGCAACAUAUCAGAUCUUGACCCAGAGCUGCAGCAUCGGAUCAAAGUUCUACAAGACACGACACGGGACAACCGUGGACUGCAAUUUUCCGUAUCCCUGAACUACAGUGGCCGUCAGGACAUAGUGCAUGCAUGCCAGCGAAUAGCAGAGCGAGUGGCCGCUGGUGAGCUCCAACCCGCGCAGAUUUCAGAGUCUCUAGUAAGCAAGGAGCUUUCAACGAGUUGGCUCGGACUGGACCUGGCUAACCCGGACCUGUUGAUUCGGACGAGUGGGGAGCUGCGGCUGAGCAACUUUCUGCUGUGGCAGUCGGCUUACACGGAGCUGCACUUCUGUGACACUCUCUGGCCCGACUUUGGCGCGCCCCAACUGCAUGCAGCUCUCCUUGAAUACCAGCGACGAGACCGACGCUUUGGUAGGCGAAAGGAGUCUGGCUAA